UCCUCUCACUCUCGUCGGCAGCUCCGAGAAGGAAGUACCCUGACCCCGAGCUCUGUUCCUCUGUCUUCACGCCCCUGUGGCUGGUGUACAGGAGCCUGCACUCACACCUGUAGAGGAGCCUGCACUCACACCUGUAGAGGAGCCUGCACUCACACCUGUAGAGGAGCCUGCACUCACACCUGUAGAGGAGCCUGCACUCACACCUGUAGAGGAGCCUGCACUCACACCUGUAGAGGAGCCUGCACUCACACCUGUAGAGGAGCCUGCACUCACACCUGUAGAGGAGCCUGCACUCACACCUGUAGAGGAGCCUGCACUCACACCUGUAGAGGAGCCUGCACUCACACCUGUACAGGAGCCUGCACUCACACCUGUACAGGAGCCUGCACUCACACCUGUACAGGAGCCUGCACUCACACCUGUACAGGAGCCUGCACUCACACCUGUACAGGAGCCUGCACUCACACCAACUGUCGUCGUGCUGCCUGCCACAACAUCAGCCGCCACUCUCUGAUGCCAUGGCGGAGUCCGGUGAGCACGCAGUGGCUAUCGUGGGCAUCGGAUGCAAGGUGCCAGGGGCCGAGAACAUCCGGGAGUUCUGGAAUGUUCUGCUAAAAGGCGAGAACCACAUCGUGGAAAUCCCACCUUCUCGCUGGAAUGCCGACGCCUCCUACGACCCCGACCCCAUGGCCCCCGGCAAGACCUACGUCAAGCGAGCCGGGCUGGUCAAGGGGUGGGACGAGUUCGACAACAAGCUGUACGGCAUCAACGACUUCGAGGCGCCGCAGAUGGACCCGCAGCAGCGCUUUGUGCUGGACUGCACCUUCAUGGCGCUACAGGACGCCGGCCUCACCAGGGCGCAGAUAGCGGGCUCCAACACAGGAGUCUUUGUGGGGGUCAUGAACGCCGACUUCCGGGGUCUCUUCACGGCGCAGUCCAGCAACAUCGGCAACUACACCGUCACCGGCAUCAGCAACUCUAUCAUCGCCGCUCGCCUCUCUUACGUCUUUGACCUUCGCGGCCCCUCCCUCGUGCUGGACACAGCCUGUUCCUCCUCGCUCAUCGCCAUUCAUCUAGGCUGCCAGGCCAUCCUCACAGGUGACUGUGACAUGGCCAUCUGUGGCGGCGUCAACUACCUGACCCUACCUGACAUCUUCGUGCACCUGAGCAAGGCUCGGAUGAUCUCCCCUACUGGCCAGUGCCACUCGUUUAGUGACAAAGCCGACGGUUACACCAGGGGAGAGGGCUGCGGCAUCGUCAUCCUCAAACGGCUUCGAGAUGCGGAGCGUGAUGGCGACAACAUCUGGGCCACCAUCUGUACGGGCUCCAAUCAAGACGGACACGCCGUGUCGCCGAUCACUGCGCCCUCUGGACUACAGCAGCGCCGCCUGAUGGAACACGUGUACCACAAGACGGGGCUGGACCUCAGUGCUGUGGACUACAUCGAGGCGCACGGUACGGGCACCGGGGCAGGGGACCCUGUGGAGGUGAACUCUGUCGGCGAAUACUUCAGACACACCUCCCCUCGACACCGCUACAUCGGCUCGGUGAAAACAAACAUCGGACAUCUGGAGUCCGCCGCUGGCGUCGUCAGCAUCAUCAAGGUGCUGUUGAUGAUGAAGCACGGCAAGAUCGUCCCGUCGCUCCACUUCCAGCAGCCCAACCCCAAGAUCCGCUUCCAGGAGCUGCAGCUGACGGUGCCCACCAGCCCCGUGGACUGGACCAACCCCCGCAAGGUGGCGUGCUGCAACUCUUUUGGCUUCGGAGGCAGCAACAGCCACGCCGUCGUCAGCUUCUACCGGAAGUCGCAAAAGGAGGCCAGGAACGUUGACACGGAGACCCACCUUGGAAGGCCGUGCAUCGUGUGUUUUUCUGCCGUCACCACUAAAUCGUUGCUAGGCAGCGUGAAUGACUUCUGCGCGGACCCUGACGUCAGCGAGCUGCACGUGCACGACGUGUCCUACACAAGCACAGCGCGGCGAGACCACUUCCCCCUGCGACUGGCACUCGUCGUCGAUGACAUGCAGCAGCUUCUGCAGGCGCUGCACGGCCACGUCACCAGGUGGGAGGACCCAGUGCCCGUGCUGCACAAGCCCAAGGUGACGUUCGUGUUCUGUGGGAUGGGCACCACGUGGCCAGGCAUGUGCAGGGAGCUUGUGCGUGACGUGCCGGUGUUUGCACAGACCAUCCAGCAGGUAGAAAGGUGUCUGGCGGCUUACGUCCCCUGGUCCCUGACAGAGCGCCUACAGCAAGAAACCUUCUUCAACGACCCCGAGUUCUCUCCCAUCGCCAUCUUUGCAUGUCAGGUGGCGCUGGCGGCUACCUGGCGUGACCUAGGCGUCGAACCGCAGAGAAUUGUGGGACAGAGCGUUGGGGAGGUGGCGGCAGCACACGUGGCCGGGUGCCUGGGUAUGGAGGAUGCUGUCAAGGUGGUGUAUCAUCGCUCACACCUUCUGUCUCAGGUGACAGGUGGCAAGAUGACCAUCGUGCGCCAGGUCAAGGUCGAGCAGGUGCGGUCCGUGCUGUCUCGACACGUGUCAACAGCCUGCGUGUCCCUGCAGUACAGUCCCACGGCCUGCUGCAUCAGUGCGGACGCCGAGGUCAUGGAGGAGGUCAAGGCGCAGCUCCUGCACGAGAUGCACGCACAGAACAAGGGCAUGCAGUUCCUCGACCUGCAGGUAGCAGCGGCCUACCACAGUCACCACGUGGAGCCCUGCAAGCAGCCGCUAGCUGACGCUUUACAGGGGCUCGACCCUUGUCCACCCCGGGUGCCGUUCUUCUCCAGUGUAACCGGCGAAAUAUUGACGACUGCCCCUGACGUGCAGUACUGGGUGGACAAUCUGCGCAUGCCCGUGCUCUUUGACCGUGCAGUCCGGAAGUCAUGUGACCCUAAGAGCAAGACGAUUUUUCUGGAAAUUGGCCCUAAGCCGACACUGCGAGCUCAUCUGGCAGACAUCUUUGACAAGGAAGACGUCACGACUGUGGUGUCAAUGAUGAAGCAGCCGGAGUACAGAAUUUUCCUGCAGGCAGUCGUUGACCUCCACUUACAAGGGGUAGACCUCACCUGGGCGAACUUACCUACCUUAGGUACCCGCAUCACAGAAAUUCCCAGGUACGUUUUUGACGCCAAGAAGAACCUGGGAAGGUCAGAGUGCGCGGCCGUGGUGCUGGGCGGUGUUGACGAUAGCAGGCGUUGCCAUGCCUACACGCUGCCCAUCCACAGCUCGCAGAACUUCAAGAUCCUGCUGUCGCCCAUGAUCUCCAGGUCCAUCUACGACCACGUGAUCUCAGGAAAGAUUGUGGUUCCCGGAGCUUUCUACGCGGAGGCGGGUUUGGCUAUCGGGAGGCAGAUGACUGGGUGGGGCUUUGGGUGUGGGUCUGUGGCUGUUGCUGUGGACUUCGAGCAGGCCCUGUCUGUCGCCAAAGACAGCUUCGUGGAGCUGGAUGCCCACCUGACGGAGGCCACCUCCAGUCGCGCGUCCUACAAGGUGGUGAAGGACAACAGACUGUUGGCAAGGUUGCACGUCACCAAGCUGACGGAUGCCACGUCACCAGCUGAGCACGUGAGCGUGCAGUACGUGCAGAGUCGCUGUCCCGUGCGUGUCAGCCGUGACGUCAUCUACUCCGCCCUCCGCAGCUCGGGCUUUCAGUAUGGCGACACCUUCUCGCUGCUGGACCACGCCUACACCAACAGCACCGAGUGCCUCGCCGUCCUCCAGGUCCCCAAGGAGGUGAUGGAGGAGCUUGCUGGCUGCACCAUCCACCCCAGUGUCUUAGACUGCACCCUGCAGUCGUGCCUGAUCAUCACUCUUGAUGAAAGCAAGGGUCAGGAGCUGCUGCCCAAGGCCAUCAGUCGUCUUGUUGUCCACAGACCCAUGGAGACGACCAUGUUUGUGCACACGACACUCAGGUUUCGCGCCUCCCGGCAGCACGUCUUUGACCUCAAGCUUCUCAGCACUUCCGGUCAUGUGAUCGCGGAGCUGGAGGGACUGGUCAUCAAUUUGAUCUCAGAGGCGCGCCCGGGUUCUCUCCCGGACAUGUUCGUCAUGGAGUGGUCUCCGCUGAUGUUGUUACCGCCACCAGGUGGCAGGGCAAGCGAUGGACACCUCGUGGUGCUGACUGACCAAGACAUCAACAAGGUUUCCCAUGACAGUGAUCAGGUUGUGGUGUCCUACGCCGGCAAGAAUUUCUUGGACGGACUGACGGCGGAUGUGCAGCGGGCCGUGUCCUCCAGCAGAGAUGCAGCCGCCAUUGUCCUGCUGAGACUCCGCCCCUUCCACGAUAACAGCAGCGAUGAGGAGGUGAACUUUGACAUCAUGAACUGUUGUUUCCUGUACAAGGGCGUGCUGACCCUGGCCAGCCAGCUGGCGCUGUCCACACCGAUCUACCUGUGCACGUGCAGGGCGUGGCCUUCUCCUGACCCCAACACAAAGGACGCACCUGUCAAUCCCACCUGCACGGCCUUGUGGGCGUUAAUCCGCUCAGUGGUCAGAGAGCGGAUCUACCCGCAGGUGGUGGCUGUGGACCUUCAUCUACCUUCCGACAAGCUGACCUCCCCCUUCCUGCAGCACGUGCUUCACGUGAUGACCACGGACACCACACUGAGAAACUAUCCAGAGUUGAUGAUCGACGAGUCAUCAGUGGCUGUCAAUCAGGUCAUCAAGGUUGACCCAGACACGCCCAUCCCUCUGUACCGCCCGACGUCAGCAGACGCCAAGAAAGCCGUUAUCCUCAUUUCCAGAGAAGCCAGCGCCGUGUGCCAGCCAAUCGCCAUGCUACAUGACGUCACAGCCAGUCAAGGGGAGAUGACUAUUGCGUGUCACACGUUCGCCAUUCAAAAUCCUAAUCUUCUGUCUGUGAAGAUGCCGUACGAGCGGCUGAAGAUGGCCAGGUGUAGCCACACCAAAGGUUUCGCCGUCUUCGCGGUGGAAGUCGUGGGGCAGGCAUUGCAGACGACACAACCUGCAAAACGUAGGCAGGCGUUGGAAAGGGUAGUGGCAUGCUACCCGCUGGCAGUGGGCACCUAUGUCAGGGUACCCGAGCCUUGCGUGCUACCCGUGCGACUGUUUCCUGGGUACCAAGUGGGUGACGUCAGCAAACUGUUGGUGCUGUACGAGCUUCAGGCUCAGGUGCAGGCGCCAGGAGUUACCCUCCUGUGCACUAGAGUGACCUCCUCUUUUGCCAAAGUUGUUGAAGCUCUGCUCCAGAGGCGCAGAGGUGGCAAAGUUGCCCCCAAGGUUUCCAUUCUGCAGCUGGAUCAGCUGACUGCCCCCCACGUGUGGCUUGACGCAGUGGUUGUGUCCCUUGCUAUGCUUGAUGGCGCUACAAUGGCGGACUUGGCCAGCAGAUGGCGCGGCGGUGAGAGACUGGUAGUCUGUUCGGCAUUAAUAGUCCCCGAGGCGCUGUCCUGCGCCUACUGCUUGUUGCCGGAAGUGGAUGUGAGAGUUGUGGACACGCGCAUGCUCUUUCAGCCAGCCAGUCUCAGGAGGCUGGUCCCAGAGGUCUGCAAGUGGGUGAAGAGCCAAGGGUCAUACAUGUCAGAGGUCAUGCAUGCCCUCCACGUGCAGCGUGAGACAGAAGCCGAGUUCACGAAGAGCAAGAACCUGACGUCCGUGUCGGACCUGCUGGACCUGCUGACGUUCCGCGACUGGCAGAUGGGUCAAACUGAGGUCAAGACCGACCAGCUGCAGCUCUUCCGCAAAGACGCCUUCUACGUGGUUGUGGGCGGGCUGACCGGCCUCGGGUGGAUCUGUGUGGAGUACUUGGCCGAGAAGGGUGCAGGGUACAUCGCCAUCGUCAACAGAAGACACCCGACAUCGCAGCAGCUGUCGGCUAUGGCCGCGGUGUCCACUACCUUCACCUGCCAGGUCCGAGCCUUCCAGGCGGAUGUGACGUCAUUUGAAUCGUCUUCAAGGGCGCUGCAGGAAAUGCAGGGCGCCUUUGUCGGAGCCCCACUCAAGGGUGUCUUCUUUGGAGCCGCGGUGACAGCAGACAAGUCCUUCCUGACCAUGGACAUCACCUCCUUCCACAAGGCCCUGGCUCCUAAGGUGCGCGGCGUGUGGAACCUGCACCUGCUGACCCGUGACCUGCCGCUGGACUACUUCGUGCUCCACUCGUCCGUGGCGUCAGUGGUGGGUAACGGGGGGCAGACCAACUACGCCGCGGGCAAUGGCUUCAUGGACGGCCUGGCGCACUUCCGCCGGCAGCAGGGGCUGGCAGCACAGGCCGUCAACUGGGGGGCCCUGGACCUGGGGCUGGUGGACGCCAACACCUCGGCCAGACAGGCGCUGGAGGGUCAAGGCUUUCUCUUCAUGACCCCAGACGAGAUCCGGGACAUCCUGACGCCUGUGCUGAUGCUCAACUGGACUCAGUGCUCGCCCUCCAAGUUUGACCUGGACAAACUGACCCAGAGGUUAGUCCGCGACGGGUUAGCCCCACUGCGCACGCGCCUGGAGAAGCUGCUGGUGACCCCAGGAGACGAGCUACAGAUCUCCGAGGACCUGCUGCUGGAGGUGCAGCAGGCCAAGGGAAUGGAGCGAGAGCAGCGCCUGGCUGUGUUCCAGGCGUACAUCAAGCUGCUGGCGGCACGCGCCCUCAGUGUUGACGCCCAGGUCGUCACGCCUGACGCCAGCCUCACAGAGCUGGGCAUGGACUCCAUUGUUGCCAUGACGAUGAUCAACCAGAUCCGGCGCGACACCUCGCGGCGACUGUCGGCCUUGACACUCGUGACGGGGGAGCCUACCGUGGUCGUCAUCGCCCAGGCGCUGGACGAGGCGGACGACGAGGGCGAGGAGCAGGCGCAGGGCGAGGGGGUCCGUGAGGGGGCAGCAGGGGCGGAACAUUCCAGCCUCAGGGCCGCCAGCCCCAUCGAAACGAGUCACCUGACCAACUACCACCUCAACUUCCUGCGGCCCGCCUUUUUCCACGGGACCGUGGACCUGGUCCUCAAGCAGCCGAUGGACGAGCAGCGCCUGCAGGCCGCUCUGACGUCAUUUGUGUCCGCGCACGCGCCAGCACGCACUGGCUUCAAGGAGGCGGCGCCCAGAAGGUUCGUGAUGUUCCCGCACGAGAUGCAGGUGGCUCCUGACGUGCGCGUGCUGGCAGGUGAGAACAACGCGGGCGAGGUCCUGGAGAGAAUCAGCCGAGAGUUCUUCGAUCUGCAGAAGACCGUCCCCGUGCGCUUUAUACAUGUUCAGGGGCCUACGCCGCUGCUGAGGAUUGUGUAUCAUAAGGCCGCGCUGGAUUACCUCACCGCCCGGAAACUGGCUGAAGACCUGUCAGCUCACCUGGGCUUACCUGGCAAAGUCCGCCGUCCGUCACCGUCCGCUCAGCUGCCCUCCAUCUCAUCAGUUGGCGAAGAGUUAUCCCGCUUGCUAGCAGAAAGCCAGGAGUCUGUGAAGUUCUGGGAGGCGGUGUUGAGCAGAAGCCCGCCGAGCCUGUCGUUGACUCAGUCGUUUGUCCCAACACCUGGUGAUGCACGGGAGGUAAGCAGUGUCACUGCCAUGGUGCCACAGGUGCUGGCCGCUCAGUUACGGGAGUUUAUCUCCCUUCACCACGUGUUCCUGCUGGGCGUGCUGGGCUCCUGCCAUCAGCUGCUGCUGCACGCUCUUACCGGAAGUGACGUAGUACCGCUGCUCUUCCCGUUAGACCUGCGCCUCGUUUUCCAAGCCGCCCGCAACGACACCUGCAGCUGCGUCAACGACGUGCUGCUCAUCGCCUUCGUCGACAGCGAGAAGACAGGGGCAGGCAACUGUUCGCUGAAGAAGUUCGUGCUGGACAAUGCCAAGGUCAUCGAGCAGCACGUGAAGCACGGGAUGGUGCCGCUGGGCGUCCUGGAGCCGCUGGCUAGCCGCGCCCUUGAACACCUGCACACCUGCACCAACGGCAUCUCCAUCUCCAGGCUGGACGACAGGGGCGACGCCGUUGUCAAUCACGAUGUUGACAGAAGACACGCAGGACGACCGACACCCGACAAGGCGCCACUCAAGGCCAAAGAUGGCGUCGUUCCGGGAGUAGAGGUGAAGGACGCGGACGGGAUGGUGAGCUUGGCCGGGGGCCUGGAGACUGACCUGCAGAUCACCCACGACAUCCCACGUGACCUCCUGCAGCUGACCCUGGCCUUCCAGACGUCGGUCAUCGACAGGGGCGCGGCUCACCUCGUCAUCUCGCUCCUCGUCACUGUUAUCACCUUGUUGGGCAAAGAGCCGGGGAUCAGCGUCAGGAAGCUGUGUCGUCGUCUUCGUGCGAUGAAGAGAGAGCUCGGCAAAGCCUCGCCUCCCUCACCGUGACGAGGGCGAGGACAUGCAAGGGGAGACAAAUGUCCAAUGUCCUCCUGAGGUGGAAACACAGACUUACACCGCGCAUGCAGUGCAGACACCUGUAGCCGCCAUGACAGUAGCUGCUGGCUUCCGGUACCGGCAGACACCACGCGGGACAUUGAUAUUUUAUAAAUCUUUUGUUCACAAAGAAGUUGCUUGUUGAUAAAAUGAUGGACACCCGACUCCCAGAUAAUAAACACAAUUCAAUAACA